AUGCCAAUCACCAGCGAUAUCACCCUCGACAUCUCCAAAUUUGAUCCGGAAAAUGUCGAAGAAUCAACGAAGAAGGCCGCAGCUUUCCUGGAAAACGUCACUAGCAAUGGCCCCCGAUGGUGGGAAGUAGGUAUCACGAAACAUCGUGAGAUGCGAGAGCUCGGUCAAACAGCGCUUGGCAAGCCCGUCUAUCUCCCAGAAGCUCUCGACGGCACUUUUCCUUCGCGCGACCCUGGCCGUGAGAUCCCCAUCCGGAUCUACAAGCCUGAUAAUGGCCAGCCCAGCAAAGGCAUCUUCCUGCACUUUCAUGGAGGCGGUUUCGUACUAGCAACGCACAAGCACUCUGAUACUGCCCUACGGGAAAUCGCCAAUAAAUGCCAGCUAACAGCCAUUUCAGUCGGAUACCGUCUGGCCCCGGAACACUCCUACCCGGCUGCCAUGCACGAUGCCAUCGAUGCUGCCGAGUACAUGGUGGACCACGCAGUGGAGGUGUACGGCGCUUCCCUGAGCUUUGUUGGUGGAGAAUCAGCAGGGGCCUGUCUCGCCGCUCUGUCAGCCCUGCAGCUGAUGCGGUCGCGGUCAUCUUACAGAUUGUCGGGCCUUGUUCUUCCUUACGGCUAUUUUGAUCUGACCCUCGGGCUGCCCUCGAUAGCAAAUUCAACCAAGCCCCUGUUGAUAAAUUUGACAACCAUGCAGCGGUUCAACGGCGCGUAUGUGCCGGGCAUGAGCACCGCUGAGCUCCAACAACCUUCAGUGUCCCCACUAUAUGAAGAUCUCAAGGAGCUUGUUGCGACAUCCACCCGAUCGUUGCCUCCCGCUCUUUUCCUCUGCGGGACAGAGGAUCCGCUGCUCGAUGACACGAUUCUGAUGAGUUCUAAGUGGAGCAUUGCCGGCGGUGAAGCUAUCGUCAAGAUCUACCCCGGUGCCACGCAUGGGUUUACUGGGUUUCCCGGUUUGCCUGUGGCAGAUGAGGCAAAUGCGGUGACCCUGGAGUUCCUGCAAGAGAAAUUGCGCGACUCGGCGUGA